AGCCUCAAAUAUAUAUAUUAAAUAAAAGAUGAAAUUGCAAUAUACGCAGGCAGUUAGCGUCGCUACUCUUGGGUGAAGUGAACUCAGAUAAUUUGUGUAUAUAUAAAAGUUGAGGCCCCACUAUCAUCCUGAAGUAGUUUAAAAUAUACUUUUGUUGGAAUCAGUUAAAAUUGAAGUUUGAGUCUCUCCUGGGAAAAGUGCGAAUUCUGUUGGAUUUGAAUAGUUGAAAUUGUGAUGUGCUAAGCAAAGUGAAUUGAUUCUUAACUAUUGGAAUUUUAAUUACUGAAAUAGUGAAAUAAUCAAGUGCGUAUAAAGGGAGGAGUAACUUAAGGACUUUUUUCUGCUGCGAGAUUGAAGGAUACAUUCAAAAUGAGAUCUUUACUACUCAUUCUAUUCCUUCUACCACAUAUACCCGCUGAGAAAGGUCCCAAUCGUCAAACGAAUCUUGAUGACAUUGAGCGCGACAAUAUUCGCAGCGAGAAACUCGCCAAAUCAAACAAAAAUCAGGACAUUUUUGAAGUUCAACAAUCACAAGGCUUCCAUACAAAAAAUUUGGAAUACUAUCGCCAACAGCUCAAAGAACUAAAAGAGCUCCAAGAGGAACGAGAAAGUAUGAUCGCCAGCUCCACACCGAAAGCACCCGCAUUGGGUGGAGUAGCCUAUGCAACUCCAUCAGCAAUAGCUCACGAUUCAUAUAAUUCGAAGUCUUCAUCAUCGGACCCAGAGAGCGACCAUUAUAGCCCUCAACCUCUUUAUCACCGUGAAAGUAAUUACCAAACGCAAUACCAGAACGAACCAGUUCAAUACACUGCAACUGCCCCAAACUCAAAAAUUCAAUAUCAAGGUGAUGAUGAUACUCCGAAAGCCGAACAAGAUGAGUCUUCGAAGACCUACUCAGCUCAGCCAGUCAUUCCGAGCAUUGCGUCAUACUUUGAGCAAUACCGACAACCACACUAUGUCUACGUUCCAUCUAAUCGCAUUCAACCCAAAGCGAUUCAGUACUCGCAACAUGUUGCGAAUGAUAUUCAGUACGCUGGUACCGCUCCAGGUGGAAGCUACAGCCAACUGAAGAACCCAGCAACACCUGCCACGAUCACCUACAGCCACGAUGAAGGUGUACAAGAUCAGCAACAUCCACAACAAUACGAAACUGGGAAAGACGGAGUCACUGCCGAUGGUGGUGAUGAAGAACAGCAGCAGCAACAACAAGAACCCAUUCAGCAAUCAAACUAUCAGUUAACACAUAGUGAGGACGCAAACCAACAAGAUGGGGGUAUUCAGUAUGUUCCAUAUAUCGGCCAGGGACCCUCUCCACACCAGUCUUAUGUGACAAUGGUUGCCAUUCCCCACGCGCACGGUCAUAGCACACAAUCAAUUCGGUUCACACCUUCAGUUGUCACCUAUAGUCAUUCUGGUCCAGCCUCCGUCACGCCAGUUGUUGGAGGAGUCCAUCCUGCAAUUCAAUAUAUCCCGACAACAUUACCAGCGCAGCCAACUGGACCGCUUCAAUAUGUGAACAGCAAUGAUCGGCCUGAACCGGUCCCAACUGUUCAAUACACAAGCCAACAACAGGACAUUCAAUAUGCAGACCCUGAACAAUCUUCAGCUCGUCCAAUUACUCCAGAUGGUUCAAAACAAUUCAAAUUCGCCCCAAAACAUCCAGAACGACCAGAGCCCCAGGACGAACAGGCGCAGAUUAAUCAACAACAGGCUCUUCAAUUGAACAAAAUCCAGUACCUUACAUCGCAGCGAGUCCUUCCUUUGCAGCAACAGUUCCAAUACUAUCCUCAACCACAAAUCAACGUUCAACCACUUCACCAGUUCCAGCCUUACAGGGAACCUAAGAGCUUGCUGGAAUCGUAUGUGCCAAGCUGGAUAGUUAUUCAGAGACAACAACAGCAACAACUAUUGUUACAACAGCAGCAGUUACUCCAACAACAGCGCUCCCUACACCAACAGUACAACGUUGGGGUAGCACCACAACCCUAUCAAUACAACACAAUUGCAUAUUCGACGCAGCAACAGCCACUAGGAUUCGAAACAACAAAUCAUAUUAAGCGAUCAGCAGCGACUUUAAGCAAAGCUAAAGAUGAGAAAAAAGAUUGAAGAUACUUUAAUUUCUGCAAUGGCGUGUAAAUAAUGUUAUUCUUGUUCUAUUGUGCGUAAGUGAAUGGGGCAGCAGAUUUUCACAAGUAUGCUUACAGGGUGCUGUCUUUUUAUAUCCAUCCGUGCUAAGAUGUAAUUGAAAACUGGCUUUGUUCAUAGUGCACUGUUGCAUUUGCAUUUUUUUUUAUCGAAAACGUUCAAAAAAGGUUCAUUGAUAAUCAGGUCUAGAUUAAGGUUUUAUAUAAAAAUAUUUAUGCUUAGUACAAACCUGCUAAAUAUUAGUGCAGUAUUAUUAAUUGUUAUAGAAAACUUUGGACUUUUAUAAUAUAAUAUGUA